AUGCCUGCUACGGAUGUCAACCAAGAGGUCAGCGAUGCCAGUGAUGACGACAGCAUCGACGAGAAUGGAAUGAGCUAUAAGGAGCUCUUCCUCCAGGCAAAGGAGCGCGCGGAGAAAGAGAGAGAUCGACGCCGCUUACUUGAGAAAAAGAUGAACGGUGAGGUUGGCCCCACCGGCCGUAACAAAGCCACACCGGAGAAGAUUCCCCGACCGCAAGGGACCGCUGGCAAUAAGGGUUAUAAUCUUCAGACAAAAAUGCGGCUUGAUAGUUGUGACGCUGACAAGAAUGAAUUGUAUCUUGCUAUCUGCCGGCAUGUGCGAGACUUGACUAUUGCUGCCCAGCUUGAUUGGCGUGUCCCGUUCCGGCGUCAACCUAAGGAUGACCUGGCCAAGAUAUACCGGCUUGCAAUGGAGUCAUUCGAUUAUCUCAAACAAUUUGAGUGUUGUUGGCCCGUUGAUGAGAUUAUAUCGCAGCAUUUUCGCAAUAAGCGAAAGUACAACGCGAAGAUGGGCCGGUUUUCCAAUCCUCGUGGCAAGAACAGGGCUUUUGGGCGCGGCUCGGACCAGCCUCCCCAAAAUGACGAAGACCACGAAAAUCGUCCACCAAUCGAACCGUCGGGCUCGCGCACUUCGUCAUCUGCUGCAACGGCAGUGGAGCAGCGACCAAAGCCACGUCCGAGAAAGCGCCAGAAGACGCAGCCAGCACACCCCGAAACCUCCGACAAUCAGGCGCCAUCUAGAGCUGCUCCACGCCGCGAAAAACCAACGACGAGGGCCGCAGGCCAGCAGCCCACAACCCGCGCGCAGCCUGAGGGAGCCGCCUGA